CGUUUUCCGACACUGCAUUGUGCUUAUAUUAUGCGCUGCAAGCUAUCGUUAAGAAGCAGCGAGAAGUGUUACAUCGGAUUUGGAAUGUCCUUUUUUUCGAUUAGUACAUCAAUGAAAUUCGAGUGUCCGAGGAGGAUAGUACGUUGGCGCGCGAGCGACAGAGCAAUAUCUAUUUUCCUUGAGCCCGGAAUUUCAACAUAGUGCAACCAUGAAUACAACAUUGAAUACUGUGAGCACCAGUGGUGACAAACGUCUGUCAGAAACAACUGUACAAACUGUGGCACAGAACUUAACUACAAUGCAGAAUGUACAAAGUGUGCAAAAUGUACAAAGUGUGGUGCAAAGUAAUAUACAGAGUAUUCAGCCAACUCAGACUAUUGGAUCGGUAGGAACACCAAGUAGUCUAGUAGGCAAAUCAGUAUCCUUGGAUAUGAAUCCUAAACUGUCCUUAAUGAAGCCUGUGGUACCUUCUGGCAGUAGUUCGUCUACAGAAACUAGUAAAAUAACAACGUUAUGUUCCAUAGGACCUACAGUAAAAAUAAUAUCGCCAAUGUUAAGUACUGUGGAAAGACAAAAUCAACCACAACCACAACAAUUGACACAGACAGUCAGCAUGCCAGCCACAUACCAUGUACCACGAGGACCAGCGGCAGUUGCUAAUAUUUCUGCACCCAGAUCAACAACAGUUGCCACUCCUAUGGUCAGAGCAAGUGCAGGACAAACUGUGCCUACUACAAGACCAAGUAGUACACCAAUAUCAAAUCCCCAAUGGCAAUCUAAAACAACAUCCGUCGUGUAUGCGCAACCACAAAGGCAUCCUGCACCUCCACUCGGAGUCAGCAGAGUCUCCAGGCCGCCAUCUGCCACGGUUUAUUCCGGACAACAGCAGCGGCUAAUUACACCAACCAAUCAAGGGAGAUCUGUUCAAGCCACCAUGGUCACUGGUAGUCCGUCCAGAUUGAUAACUCCCAUUCUGCAAACAAGCAGUAAUAUUACACGACUUCCAGUUGCACAAAAUAGACCGCCAACGCCGCAAGUAGUAACCGUGUCGCAGACUUCACAACCCGGAAAAUCAACGGCGCAGACCAUUCAGCCUAACCAGACCAGCAGACCUCUCACUACGACGGGUACUACGAAACGUAUAACUGUGUCAACACCCAUGGUGGAAACAGCAAGAAUUGGUAGCAUGACUUCGGUUACGGUCGGUUCUGUGGAAUCAGUAGGACGGCCGUUAUCGAUUAAUACAGUAGCUGGACCAUCGACUGGCACAGUUAGCCAUAUUGUUAUUCCUUCGCAACAAGUUCAACAGCAACAAGGUGCGCCGCGCGUCCAAACCGUCACAUCUCUGUCAUCUCUGAGUACAGUGUCUCAAGUAAUCACAACCACUGCGAAUACACAAUCGAACGCGAUGCGUAUAUUGCAAACAGCUCCAACUACAGUUGCUAAGAUCGCCGGGAUGUCCUUACACUCUCUACCUAUCGUACCAGUGAGAACUGCACCGGCGCCGGUCAAGGCUACUGCCGCACAACCUCAGAAUAUUGGUCAGACCGUCCAGAUCAAGCCAGCGCAGCAAGCCAGUUUACGCGUGUCAUCUACCAACAGCAGCACCGUUACCAGUUCCACCCAGCCAGUUCAAGCGACGUAUAUACAUCCGCCUCAUACUACUACGUAUUAUUCUUUUGACGCUACAGGAACGUACUCGUAUCGACAAACUUCAGUGCAGCCGGUAAGAUUAGUCGUCGACCCGGGAUACGAGGAAGCCCAUAACGUUAAACCUAAUGCGUCUCCAAGACCGAGCAUCUUACGAAAAAGAGAUCACGACAAUUCGCCAAUCAAAAGUGCGGCUAAAAAUCUCGUUCCUGUCUUAACAUCUCUACCGUCGUCGAAUAGAUCAAUAUCCAGUCCACCGUGUUCACCGAAAGGGGAUCAAGAUGGAGGUGGAUGUCAAAGUUCCGGUUCAACUACGGUAUCCGCUACGUCUUCACCGGGUCUUGAUGAAGAGCUCGAGCAAUCUAGGAUUACUAUUAAUCCCACUAUCGAACUUUCACCUCGUAAAAAACCUCGUAAACAACAACUUACAGCUUUAGAAUUGACCGAAUCUAGAUGCGUGGAAGAAGAAAUGCAAUUUAUCACGGAAGAGAAAAUAAAGAAGGAAAUAAAAGAAGAAGCAAAAGAGAAGUCUGACAAGAGGCAACCUCUAAAUGUUCAAAGUACGGAUAUGAAGUCUCAGCAAUCGGAAAUUACGAUAAGGACUCGGCCUGUGCCAAGUUUAAUAGAUCCUUCGUGGAAAAAAGGAAUAGUCAGAUUGCAUCAUUUUAGAAGACCAAGUGACGUUCGGCCUCGUGAAGAGAGAAGACCGACAGUCGCUGAACUGGCGCAACAAAAAUAUGUAUUACAGAAACUGAACGGAUGGAAAGUUUAUCAUCUCACCGCACAAAUGGAAGAUAUUGCUGACCUUGAGAAACAGGUGCACGAGAAAUUGAAAACGACGUUAAUGUUGUUGGAAUCGCAGCAAACAGCUAAAAGCAGACAUAAUAACGAUCUUGAACGCGUGAACGAAUUAAUCAAAGGAAACAUGCAACGCAGUAAUUUAAUCAGCGAAGGAAUGAAUGAAGCGCGCACACAACUCGUCGCCAUAUUUCAACAUAAGGGUCCUAUUACUGAUCUUUUGCAACGUUGUGGUAAUAAACGAGCCCAGAAAAAGAAGGACAAAUAAAUUGUUCUAUUAAAAAAAAAAAAAAGAAAAAGAGAAAGAGAAAAAAUAACUGUCAGAAACUUUAAGUGUGGCAGUAAAGUUUACAGCCCAAUUAUUUUUAUCUAUCUUACAAAUUCUAUGUAGGGACAAAUAAAUGGUUUUAUAAGUCUACAAGAUCAUAUAAGAAUGUCUACUAUAUAUAUAUAUAUAUAUAUUACAUAUAUUGAUGUUUAUAAUUUUAGUACAUAAAUUUAUUUUUUAUUUUAAUAUAAUGCUUUUUAUUUCUACUAUCAAAUGUCUUUCUACUCAUUUAAUUUCAAUCAAUCUCCGAUUAAUUUGUACA